UCUGUUUGUUUCUGGUUCUGUUUCCGUCUUCUUCGCUUAGACAUCCAUGGCUCUCGAUACGUACGCGUCGUCGAACCCUAAUGAGGUUCAUGAGGAUGUUCUUCUUAAAGCUAGAGAUGCUUGCUACAAGGCCAGAGAUGCUUUUUACGCUUGUCUAGAAAAGGAAUCUGGUAAAAAACCAACUGAAAUCGCGACCGUUGGUCUUCUCUACCCUAAGGAGUGUAGCAAUUCUAGAACCCAAUUCGUCAACAACUGUCGCUCCUCUUGGGUGAAGCAUUUCGAUAGAGAGUACUGUAGAAACAAGAGAGUUCAAAGGCUGUUGGAUGAUGGAGAUGAGAGGAAAGGUCCAAUGUCACUUCCUCAGCCUUACACUUUCAAGCCUUCCCCUUCCACUUAGAGUCCUUCCUUUCCUGGUAUUUCUUAAUUCUUUCUCAACCUGUCCUUAUUUGACUUCAUUCCCAGAUUCUUUAAUGUUUUCUAUGUUUGCAUACUUCCUUUAUGUUCUGUGUUCUUACCAUUAUUCUUAUGAUCAAGCUUUUUACCUUGUUUUUGAGUAGAUCAUUCAGGGUAGCUUUUGUUUGUCUUUGUCAGGUGUUAAGGACUCUCUCUCUAUUGAGGAAGAUUACAAUGGUCAAAUACUGUUCCUGAAUCAUUUUCUUUGCCUAGUGUUUAGAUCUUAUUUGCGUUGUAAGCCUUUUUCCAUGGGAAUAAAGUCGCACAUUUCAAGACCCUGAUUAUUUGCCUUUAUUUCUAUUGCACAAAACGUUUGUUGAUCAAUCUGCAAGUAUCUAGUACACACUAUUCUGAGUUGCAUUAUAUGUGUGUAUAGAACCUGAUUGUUUGGAUGUGCAACUGAUUGUUCAUAA